UCGAUGGUUAAUCGGCCGGACACGCUUUCGAUUGGUAUAUUCGGCUUUCCUUGACUACAAAGCGAUAGCACGGAACUGAAAAUGGCUGAACAGAAAACAGGGAGAAGGAUUGUUAUUCCUGUAGAUGGAAGCGUAAAUAGCGAACGUGCUUUUGAUUGGUACAAGGAUGGUCAUCUAAAACAUAAUGAUGAGUUACUUGUAGUUCAUGCAUAUGAUCUUUAUACUGCUCCACCAACACCAUACCCAUAUGGCUUUGCCUUUCCUGAGGACUGGGAAAAACACAUGAAGAAAAACACGGAGGAUGCAAGAAAGCUUAUGCAAUACUAUGAAAAAAAGUGCAAUGAGAAUAAAUUGAAAUGCAAGCUAUUCAAUGAGAGUGGAGAACCAGGAGAAAUAAUUUGUAAUCUUGCCAAAGAUCAAAAGGCAGAUCAAAUUGUGAUGGGAAGUAGAGGCAUGGGRACAGUACGRCGUACUCUGGUCGGAAGUGUCAGUGACUUCUGUCUUCAUCAUUCAUCAGUACCAGUGUCAAUAGUUCCACCACCCAAGCAGUCAUCCAAACUGGGAUUUGUGAAUAAAGAAUCUUAGAUAAUAGUUAUGUCCUUAGUCAAAGUUAAGUUAGUUAAAAUGAGUUAUAKUUGUUAGGGUAUAGUUUUCUAGUCAAACUAGUUACAACAAUAAAUUAAUAAAAUUACAACCUUGAUAUAGUAAAAU